AUGCAAAUUAUUACUCAUUACUUGUUCAUAUUACUAUGUUGUGUAAUUCAAUCGACAAUCUCUACCAGCCUAAUAUCAAAACACACGAGUAUUAAAUAUGAACCUAAUUGGGAAUCAUUGGAUAAGCGUCCAUUGCCUGCUUGGUAUGACAAAGCGAAAAUUGGAAUAUUCAUUCAUUGGGGAGUAUUUUCUGUUCCCAGUUAUAGGACUGAAUGGUUUUGGUGGUUUUGGAAAGGUGAUUCAAAAUCGAUGCCAGAAAUCUCUGACUACAUGAAAAAAUAUCAUGAUCCAGAUUUUGCGUAUGCUGAUUUCGCCAAACAAUUUCAUGCUGAAUUCUUUCAGCCAAAUGAAUGGGCUGAUUUGUUCAAUAAGUCUGGAGCACGUUAUGUUGUUUUAACAGCUAAACAUCAUGAAGGCUUUUGUAAUUGGCCAUCGAAAAAUUCAUGGCAAUGGAAUUCAAUGGAUGUUGGUCCAAGACGUGAUCUAGUCGGUGAGUUAGCUGAAGCUAUUCGUAAAAGAACAAGUCUACGUUUUGGUGUAUACCAUUCAUUGUUUGAAUGGUUCAAUCCUUUAUAUAUCAGUGAUAGAGAAAGUAAUUUUACAAAACAGACAUUUGUUGAGCAGAAAACGAUGCCUGAAUUAUACGAUUUAGUGCUACGUUAUAAACCGGAUGUAAUUUGGUCGGAUGGUGAUGUCGGUCCAGACACUUACUGGAAUUCAACACACUUUCUUGCUUGGCUUUACAAUGAGUCCCCAGUUAAAGAUACUGUUGUUACUAAUGAUCGUUGGGGUAAUGGAUGCUCGUGUAAACAUGGGGGUUAUUAUUCAUGCGAAGAUCAUUAUCGUCCAGGAAGAUUAGUUAAUCAUAAAUGGGAAAACUGUAUGACACUGGAUUGUUGUUCAUGGGGUUUUAGAAGAGAAAUUACACUGAGCAGUGUAUUAACACCAGAGGUGCUUUUAAACGAAGUUAUCACGACUGUCGCAUAUGGUGGAAAUAUUCUAAUCAAUGUUGGGCCUACAGCUUGGGGCAAAAUUUCACCAAUUUAUGAAGAACGCUUACUUCAGUUAGGCGAAUGGUUGUCUGUUAACGGUGAGGCUAUCUACGAAACUCAACCGUGGAGAAUCCAGAGAGAAACUAAUCCAGAUUUUGUUUGGUACACCUAUAAAGUGAAAGAUACUAUUAAAAGCAUAGAUUUGUCAAGACAGAUGACUAUUUUGGAUUUCAUUAAUAAUUUACAAUAUCUCAAAGAAAAUCCAGCAACAGUCUAUGCUAUUUUAACAAAAUGGCCAGAGAAAAAGUGUACAACAGUCAAGAAUACUGAUGAAUCAGAAUCGAUAAGCAUCCAGUGUAGGCGUGAACUUAUUCUACCAUCAGUAUCUGUAAAACCGAAUCUUUCACAGUUCACUUUACUCGAUGGCAGUGCAACUGGCAUGCCAUUACCAUUCACACCAAUCAAACAGUCGUCUUCAAGUGGUGUCAAGAUUGAUCUGCCUGAUUUAAGUAUUGAGUCUAGUCAAAAACAGUUGAAAUGGGCUUGGUCAAUACGCAUGACCAAUGUAUUUUAGAUGAAAAAGUUGACUAAGAAGGAGAAGAAUAUUAACCAAGUGUUUAUUGUUUAUUUAUACAAUGUGAACAAUGACGGUGAUGAUGACAAUGAUUUUAAAAGAAGUAAUUUUAUGCACACAAAAAUCUGAUAAGUAAUACAGAAACACCCUUUCUAACUAUUGCAUACUCUUUUAUUAUAACUAUUAUUACACACAUGUUCUUGUAUAAUUAUUAUGUACGCCCAUUUUGCUUACUAUUGAUUUUCCUUAAAAUAUAUAUAAAGCGAAAAUAGAGGUUACUUUAUUGGC